GUCAUAAGUAGCUCUAUUUGCUUUCCACCCUUGCGAAGAUAAGCAAAAAUGGCAGACAGUAACAGUGCUGUUUCUUUCCUCCUACAGUACUUGCCGGAGGUGCUGGCACAAGAAGCAAAUUUCCUUGUCGGAAUGGAAAAUGAAGUGAGCUCUCUUCAUAGAGAACUCAGUCUGAUAAAUGUCUUUCUGAAUAACACCGAGGGGAAGCAGACACAGCAUGAAAUAAUGAAGGAGAUAGACAAGCAAAUCAGGGAGGUGGCUUACGAGGCUGAGGAUAUCAUCGACACUUUCAUCCUCAAGGUCGCGGAACACAGGAGGAAGAGCGUGAUGGAGAGGAUAUUUCGUAGCCCCUCUCAUGCAAUGAUGCUUCGAAAUGUUGGAAAGAAGAUAGUAGUAAUCAAGGAUAAAAUCAACGAAAUCUACAACAGUAAAGAAAGGUACGGCAUUGAAAGAGCUGAAGCGAGUGUAGUAGCGGCGGCGGAGGAGGCAUUGCACAGACGUCGGAGAGAAGUCGAAGAGGAUGACGUGGUGGGCUUCGAGCAUGACUCAACGACAUUGGUGAAGCGGCUUACUAUAUGGAAUUCACAGCUUGAUGUCGUUUCAAUCAUCGGCAUGGGUGGCCUUGGGAAGACCACACUUGCCAGGAAAGUCUUCAAUAAUAUUAUGAUCAAAACACACUUCAAUUGUUGUGGGUGGGGGUACGUAUCUCAAAAUUUCAGAAUCAGAGAGCUGUUGCAUGAAAUUUUGAAGUCUGUGAUGCCAAAAUCAGAUCAGCUGACAAGGAAGCUGGGAGACAUGAGUGAGGAUGAAUUAAAGAAGGAGUUGUUUGAAUACUUGAAAGGAAAGAGAUAUUUAGUAGUCAUAGACGACAUCUGGAGAAUUGAAGACUGGAAUGAGGUAAAAGUAUGUUUCCCUAAUGAAUUGAAUGGAAGCAAAAUAUUGAUAACAAGCCGCAUAAAACAAGUGGCUUUACAUGCAAGCCUUAAUACUCCCUAUUUUCUCGAUUUUCUUAACAAAGAUGAAAGCUGGAAACUCUUUCGUAAAAGAGUGUUUCGAGGAGGAAAUUACCCUCCCGAGUUAGAAACUCUAGGGAGACAAAUUGCAAAAAAUUGUUAUGGCUUACCUCUUUCAAUUGUGGCAUUAGCAGGAAUUUUAGAAAACAAAGAGAGGACAUUCCACAUAUGGUCGAGAUUUGUUGGUCGUGUAAAUUGGACCAUAUCUCAAAAUACACCUAUAUGCAAGGAAAUAAUGUUGUUAAGCUACACCGACCUGCCUCAGUUGCUACAACCAUGUUUUUUGUAUUUCGGUGUAUACCCAGAAGGCUUUGAAAUUCCUGUGAGGCAAUUAAUCCACAUGUGGAUGGCUGAGGGAUUUAUACAGAACAGCAAUAAUAGAAACAUGGAGUAUCUUGCUGAAGACUACCUGGAGGAGCUGAUUGAUCGAAACUUGAUCCAAGUGUGUAGCAGGAGGACAGAUGGAGGAGUAAAGACAUGUCGCAUUCAUGGUCUUUUGCGAUAUCUCUGCAUAUCAGAGAGCACUAAAAAAAAGUUUCUUGAGGUUCGUACAGACUUUAAUUGUUUAUCCACGAACAAAUCUCGUAGGCUUUCCAUCCAAGGUAGUACUCCGGGAUACAUUUCUUCAAAUCCCUCUGACCCAACAUGUGCCCGUUCUUUGUUGUUCCUUGACAGAGAUCAUACAGGUAAAUUUAAGUUCAAAACAGAGGAUUGGGAUUGGGUCCACAAAAACUUCAAGUUGCUUCGGGUGCUUCAUUUCGAGCAUUUAGAACUCCACUCCAUUCCGGAAAGGAUACAAACAUUAAUCCAUUUGAGGUACUUGAAGAUACAACUCUCUGAAGAUGUAAAAGUUAUUCCAGAUUCCAUUGGCAACCUUAGGAAUCUCGAAACCCUUUACAUUAAGGCUAAUCACGAAGUGGAAUGUUUGCCAAAUGGGAUAUGUAAGUUACAACGUUUAAGGACUCUGUAUCUGAGUGGGAGGCUGCCUUACCAUUUGGAUAAAUCUCUAUUGAACCUCCAAAUCCUUUCCACCGCAAUACACCGCUACCUUCUCAUGGACAACUUCCCAAAUGUCAGGAAAUUAAGAAUACGAUUUCGGUUUCCGAUAACGGUAUAUGGGUUGGCAAGCUUUCACCAUUUACAUAAUCUUCAAGUAUUGGGAAUUGAAUCAAUUGAUGAUUGUCUUAUGCUUCCAAAUGAUCCGCAUUUAUUUCCAUCCACAAUCACCAAGCUAACCUUACGAUCAGUUGACUUGACGAAAGAUGACUCGGCAAACGACGACAUCAUCACAGCGCUGGGAAAACUUCCCCAUCUUCGGAUACUGAAACUAGAAUAUUGCAAGUUUUUUCAAGAUCACCUCCUUAUCAUUGCAGAUUUGUUUCCUCAACUGCAAGUCCUGAAAUUGAAAUAUUUGAAAAUUACAAAAUGGGAACUGGGGAAAUGCUCGAUGCCAGCGCUUAGGCAUUUGGUUUUCGAGGACCUCGAGUAUCUGACAGUGCCACCUCCGGAACUGCAGAGUUCGACUGCCUUGCGAAAUGUGAAGGUUUUAAGGAGCAACAGAAAACUGGGAAAGACACUUCAAAUAUUGCAGAAGAAGGUUGGGUUUGAGCUACUGGUCUAUCCUCCUCUAGAUGACCACCUCAAUGUGACCAGUCAUGACAUCAUCCGAAGAGCCGGAAUGCCGGAGAAAUGAUGUAUGAGCUAGAGGCCAAGCUGAAGAGGUAGAUGAUGUGUAGAAGAAGGUAGCAGGGACGACAGUAGAGUGGAGAAGAAGCCCAGAUUUGAAUUGCGGAAAAUGGGGGAAGCGGCGAAGGAAAUGGAAGCUUUUAGACGUGUUUCAAAGGAAAGGAUCGAUGAUUUACUCUUUUCCUUUUUUCGUUUCCUUUUUUUGUGUCUUACUCUUUAAUGGGCUUUGUUGUUGUUAGUUGUUAGGAUCCGUAUAAAAAACCCACGUUUGUAACUAUAGAGAUAGGGCUGUAAACGAACAAAGUUACCCGUGAGUUCGCCCGGACUCAGUUCAAUAAAGCUCGGCUCGUUCGCGACUGUAAAAUUUAUUGAUGUUUAUGUUUUCUGCCUACUGAACCGUAUGGCAGAGUAUUCUUAAUUAUUUAUAAUGAACACCAAGU